CAGGUUACACUGUAUAAAUUUGUUAUUGUCUGAAAUAUUAAUUAAUUCUAGUAGAAAAGUACAUCAAAAAUGGACGAAAACUGUAAGACAGUCUUUGUGCUAGAUCAUACACCAUAUUUUGGAAUAAGCAGCGAAGAGCCAUUUUUUUUGGAUUUACGAGGAAACUCUCGAGUUCCUGUAAAGAAAAGUUUGUGGACUAAUGCCAUCGAAAGUUCAAUAGAGUACUGUCGAAUUGUCUGGGAUCUGUUUCCAAACAAUAAACUAAUUAGAUUUAUCAUUUCUGACAAGGCUGCACACAUAGUAAAUACAUGGGAUCCUCAUACUCAAAAUAUGAAUCACAUCAGCAAUGCUAUGAUAAUGGUUGGAGCACCGCGAAAUAUGCAGCAAACAUCAGAUUACACAGUUAUUCAUGGUUUAAGAGCUGCAAUUGAGGCAUUGGCAGAGUCAACAGAAUUUCAAAAAGAAUACAUACAAAAGCAUGAGACUAAAAGAGUCUCUAAUCGUGGGCGAGUGAUAGUUUGUACUAGUGCUAGAGAUAAUACAAGCAUGAAUAGUCUUGAGAAGAUCUUCCAUCAAGUUUUAGUCCAACAGAAUGCAAUUUCAGUGAAAAGUGAACAUCUCUUGAACAUUGACUAUUGUCAUCUCGUUAUUAUCAAUUUAUAUCCAUCAAAUAUCGAGACUUUUGUGACUAGUCGUGGAUGUAUGGAAAUUAGCACAAAUUUGAGAUCCGAAAUUCAUUCAUAUGCUGCUGGAAAGCUUCCAAAGCUACUAAUGAGUUUGAUUCUAAAGCAUUACAAUCUAGCAUCAACAACAGUCACAAAUAUUCCGAUGAAAGAGGAACAAAAUUCAAGUUCUAGUGCUAAUUAUGAUGUUGAAAUAUUUCACGAAUCUAGAACUCACAGUGUCUUCCUUGGUUCGGAACUUCCAAGAAGUAUAAAAGAAGGAUUUGAGUACGAAACUGUCACUCUUAAAUGGUGCACGCCUAGAUCUGGUGCUUCAGAAAUGCAACAUUGUGUUGUACAGAAUAGAAUUACACCUGUUGAUGUCACAUCACGUCCAAGCUCAUGCUUAAUCAAUUUCCUGCUUAGUGGACGUUCUGUUUUAUUAGAAAUGCCAAGGAAGUCUGGUGGAAAAAUCACAAGUCAUUUACUGUCUGCGCAUGGAGGUGAAAUAUUCAUUCAUUCCCUAAAUACAUCCAGAACUGUUCUAGAGGAUGCUCCAUCAAUUUCUGAAGGCACUGGAGGCAAAAUUGUUAAUUAUAGAAUACCUGAUUUUGUUCAAACAACCAUUCAACAACGUCUAGUUCCUCUAAAAAUGAAAUAUCCUGAUGAUAAUUUAGGAAAAGUCAGAGCACGAGUUGCAAAAAUGACAAAAUAUUGGCCAUUAACAUUCAAUUCGACAGUCGUUUUCAACAUCAGACAAUACCUUGAGCCAAUUCUCAUCCUAACAGCAAAAGAAGAUUUAACUGAAGAGGAAGUACUUGCAUGUCAGCAAUGCCUUUAUCAACUUGUUGGUGUUGAAUCGCGUCAUGAAAUGGUCCUUAAUAAUCAAAGAAUUAAAGGAAACAAGAAAGAUGAUCAAUAUAGGCUUAUGUGGAAUGAACUGGAAGUAAUUGUUGGAUUGAAUGGAAAAUCUGCAGGUCAUAAAGCAAUUCUUCAAUGCAUUCGUAAAGUUCGUAGUGCUCAAACACCUGAAACACCUGAGAAAAUUGAUGUUGAUUCAGGACUUGGUGGAUUAAGGAAAAUGCUUGAUGUCAACGAAACCUCGUCAUCGAUUAGUGUCUUAAGAUCAUCAGUUGAUUCUCCGUUAUCACCGACUCCACUUGAAAGACAUAAAGGAUUAAAAAGUAGAGCAACAGUGUCAUUGUAUGACAUUAUGAUGGCUAAGGAACAAGCAGUUGCAACAAAAAGAAUUGAUUUUAGUGGCAGAUUGGCAACUCCUGCAGGGCAAAUUGCUGUUCUUUAUCCUCAUUUAUUAGCUAAGGAAGCACAAGGCGAAGUUAAGACGUAAAAUUUUGGAAUUGAAAUGAACAAUGAGUGAGAAGAAUAAAAAUUUAUUAGAAAAAAAUGAUAGAUUCAACUAGAAUUAGGGGAUUAAUUACAAAUCAGUGGAAAGUCAUCAACAAAGCUAGUCAAACUGUAACAGUUUGAAGGAAACUUAAAAUAAG